CUGGCGACGACCACAUCAUAGACAAGGCAACAUGGCGCAUCCAAGGGCCCCUUUGCUGUCGUCCAUGUGCAGAUCGUGUAGGAACUCCUACCUCACGCAGUCACGACGCGCCAUCUCAGAUUCAAGUCCAAGCUCUUCCAGAGAACCAGAGCGCCAGCCCACCAGACUGUCCGAACGUCUAGGGAUCAAAGUCAAUGAAGAAGUCCCUGCAAAGGAGACUGAUGCUCUGAGCCAGUUCCACGAGCUUCUACGCGGAAGUUCGAACAGCAACGCAGCGUCGCCAACCACGAACAAUUCGAUGCGCUCCAUCUUCCAAAGAGAUCUCCGGAACGUCGCACAAUCUGCACAAGCAGAAGCCGCAACGCGACCUUCUGUCAGGAGCUCGUAUACGGACGAGCCAUACCACAUUAACGUCUACGCCCACCGGCACAACACCCACAUCACGUUCACCGAACCGAAUCGUAAUCCGAUCUUAUCCUUCUCGUGCGGCAACCUGGGACUUCGCAAUGCCCAAAAAGCAUCCUACGAUGCAAGUUUCCAACUGGCAGCAUACACCUUUCGGAAAAUGGCAGAGAAACAGUGGAAGCUGGGAGGCAGCAAAAGCAACAAACACAACAACAACCCAUGGUGCACGCUAUCAAACAUAAAGAAACCCGCGUACAGUGGUUCCCCAGGCGCGGGAAUUGAGGUGAUAUUUCGAGGAUAUGGGCCUGGAAGAGAGGCCUUCCAGAAAGCACUGCUAGGGACGGAGGGGAGGAUGAUCAAGCCCUUAAUCGCGAAGGUGACGGACGGGACGAGAUUGAAGUUUGGAGGAACCCGGAGUCCGCAAGUUAGAAGGCUAGGUUGAGCAGGAGGGGGUUUGUAUGUUGUACGAUUACAGUGAGCGGAUGGAAGCAAAAUUUCAUGCUUUCUGCUCUCGGAUAUAGACUCGCAUGCAGAACAGCCCGCAGACUCUAGGGGGAAAGGACCAUUUGUGAAUCCACCUAUCUAUCUAUU